AUGACGCCUUUCACAGCAAGGGUGAAGCUGAAAUCUGGGUGUUUUCUGCAGCAUCUGCAUUUAGAUGAAGUAUACUGCUUGUUGUCAGUAAGAAAUACUGCGGCACUGGCAGAGUAUUUCCAGCUCCUGGAUGUUCAUCGAAAGAAUUACCUGAACACUCACUGUUUUCCACAUCUGCGGUUUUAUUGCUUUCUCCGUUAUGUGACCGACCUGAAUAAGGAGCAGAUCAUGCUGCUGUUCGACUUGCUGGACCGACAUGCGAGAGGAAGAAUUUGCUUUAAUGAGUUCUACAUGGUGGCAUGCAUCCUCCCGUCCCAUGAGAACCAUCUUGAAAAGCAGUUCAUCCACCAGCACACAGGACCUGCCCUUCAACUGCUGGAUGUAGAGGGGGAUAAUAUGAUUGAUUUUAAUGAGUUUGAAGCCACGAGGUUUCUCUUCAACAUCAAGAAAGAAUAACUUAAGAAGAUUUUUAAGGACUUUGAUAUUUCUGGAGAUGAGCAACGGAACUACAGGGAAUUCAAGAUGUUUGCAGUCUUCUGUAUUGACAAACAACAACAAAAAGAGGAAGGGGAUCAUGAAUAA